GCGGCUGAUGUUUAAAUCGCCUAGCCAAGCCAACCGGCUCGCUCUUGCUUCCGCAAACCCUGACAUACGUCUCCUAUUUGACUUGAGGCUGCACAGUGGCCAAGUCGAUUGGCCGUGGCAAGUGACCCUCCCUGUGGCUGAAGUGUUCUGAGGACUGGCGAGAGAGGCGCACCAUGCUUGCCCCCUGUUCAGGUUGGGAGCUUGGCUGCUUCCGUCUCUGUCUCCGUCAGGUCCGACUGUGGGCUGGCGCUGGGCCCUGGGCUUGCUGGGCUUGCCAAGCCAGGCCGUAUAGCUCAGAUGGGGGCGAGCGCUGGCCCAGAUCGGAGACUGAGGUCCUUCCGCCUGGCCCGGCGCGCCGGACUCUGAAGGAGUGGACACUGCAGGUGAGCCCGUUCGGUCGGCUGCGGGCGCGGCUCCCGUGCCACCUGGCCGUGAAGCCCCUGGACCCCCUCACCUACCCGGAUGGCGACCGCGUGCUGGUCGCGGUGUGCGGCGUGGAGGGCGGCGCGCGGGGCCUGGACAGCCUGCAGGUGAAGUACGACGAGGAUCUGGAGGAGAUGGCCAUUGUGUCUGAUACUAUCCACCCCCAGGCGUCCGUGGAGGUGAACGCGCCCCUGAAGUUUGGUUUAGAUAUCAAGUCAUCAGGGUCUGGCUGUGUAAAAGUUCAAAGUAUUGAGUGUGAUAAUUGCAAAAUUGAAACAGAGCAUGGGACUAGCAUCUUGCAGUCUGUUAAGAGUCAAAAAUUGCAUGUUCAAACAAAAGGAGGCAAAGUGAUCUGUCUGGGAACAGUUUAUGGAAAUAUAGAUAUUCAUGCAUCAGAUAAAAGUGCUGUGACCAUAGAUAAACUGCAGGGAAGUUCUGUUACUGUAUCUACCGAAGAUGGUUUGCUGAAAGCCAAGUAUCUUUACACAGAAUCAUCAUUUCUGUCUUCUGCUGCUGGGGAUAUUACAUUAGGAAGUGUUCAUGGUAAUAUAACAUUACAAAGCAAGAUGGGUAACAUCACAGUAGAUUCGUCUUCUGGAUGUCUAAAAGCCUCAACUAAUCAGGGUGCCAUAGAUGUUUAUGUCAGCCAACUGGGGAAAGUGGAAUUGAAAUCCCAUAAAGGUUCUAUUAUUGUCAAGGUCCCAUCUUCACUUCAAGCUCAUUUACAGUUAUCAGGGAAAGAGGUUGAUGUUAACUCAGAAGUCCAUGUUCAGGAAAUGGUUGAAGCUCGUAAAGAUGAUGUUGUAACAGUGGCUGGACUCAUGAAUCAAGCAAGCAAACAAGAAAAAUGGAUUAAGGCUGAUGCCCCAAAAGGCACUGUUCAGGAGUACAUGUACGAGAUGUACAGGUUUGUGACAUAGGUAAACGUGUGCCAUGGUGGUUUGCUGCACAGAUCAUUCCAUCACCCAGGUAUUAAGCUUAGUAUCCAUUAGUUAUUCUUCCUGAUUCUCUCCCUCCUCCCACCCUCCACCCUCUGACAAGCCCCAGUGUAUGUUGUUCCCAUCCAUGUGUCCAUGUUUUCUCAUCGUUUAGCUCCCACUUAUAAGGGAGAACAUGCAUUAUUUGGUUUUCUGUUCUUGGAUUAGCCUUUUCGCUAACUAUACAAUUAGUGAUUCUUCAGGUUCUCUGUGGUUCAGGCCCUCCUGGGUUGUGGGGGUCUUUCUUCCUCUCUCUCACUCCGUCUACUUUGUUGUCUUUCCCCACAGAGGGCCAUAAGUUGAAUGGCUGGCUGUCACAGCUGCUUCAAAUACAAAUGGCUUGUCAUGUUUUCUGAUCAUAGUUGUUACUUAUUCCUCCUUGAAAUAAAGGAGGCUUUAUCUUGCAUCCACACGGUGCUUCUGGGGUCACUUCCUGGAAACCCUUCAGCCUCUGGGGUUGGUAGAAUGCCAGCCAUAUCUUCUGCAGGAAACUCUCCUGCAAGAGGGCUACAGCCAAUUUGCUCAUUGACCAAAAGUUUGCUACUCCUCUGGUUCAGAAAGGGUGCGCUGAGCAGACAUCUUUGAUUUGCAAAGCUGGCGCAGUAGUUUCAGAUUCCAUUGAGUAUGAGGGAAUUUAUGUAUAAAACAGCCUCUUCUGAUGGCUGUAAUUAGAUCUUAAGGGCUGCAUCAUACAUUGUUUUCAUGUUCAAAAUGGAAUCAAGCAUGUGGAGAGCAUUGCUUUGUGAUUCAAAGUCACUGAGCUUCUUCCCAAGCCAGAAAAAUCUUUCUUAUCCCACCUGCCAAAGGUUCUGUUUCACCCAGACAAGACAAAGCCUCUGCAGUUGAGGGAGCCACACUGGCCCUGAUUAGAGAGUGAGCAUAGGUAAGGGAUUAGAGAUCAUCAAGGGCUUGAGUUUUGAAGGGUCUACAUACACUGUGCAUUUCCAACUCCACUGAAGGAUCUAAAUGCAAAACGAAGCUGCUCCAUAGAGCCCUCAGAGCUGAUCGCAGAAAGCUGCAUGCAACUAGGCCCCCUUACCACUUCUCUAAUCAAAAAAUUUGAGGCCAGGGUAUUUCAGGAGCCCGCUAACUGACAAGUAGCACCCUAUCCUAGAUGUUGGACAUAAAGACAGAUAUUUCUGGAGCCUUACUAGUCCAAACACUGGGACUUUCCAAGCCACUCUGCAGUGAGGACUGUCUUUCUCCAUUGCUAGACAAAGAUGGAAUCAAGGGAUUCUAGGCCUCUUCCCUGCUAGAGCUAAGCAAGGGUAGAGCUUUCAGGGAGACUAAAAGGUAGUGGUGUGGCCUCUUUAGACAAUGAAGUGCACACACCAAACCAGCCCCUUUCUAAGCAUUAGGGCCAAGUCUCUGCCUGCUUCUUGUGCAUAGGGACAGCCAAGUUUGAUUGCAGAAGACAAAAUAAGCCUUCGGCUGUCAUGGCUUAGACAAUGGAAUUUUUCACAGCUAUGGCUGGUUAAUUAGAGUUCUGCAUUGGGGUUUUGGGACAAAGCUCAGCUAGUAGUCAAGUCUUACUAUGCCUUGUUUUAUUUUUUUUGCAUGUAUAUUUUUUAAAUCUAGGGACCUAGCAAGAAGACUGAGCAGUUAAGGCAGGAUUUGGAUGUUACUGGAUAUCUUGGGUCUUCUUGACCAGUCACUGUAUUAAUCAUACUUCAGUGUCCCAUAUGUCUUGGUCCAUUUUGUGUUGCCAUAACAGACUACUACAGACUGGGUAAUUCAUAAAGAAAAGAAAUUGAUUUCUCAUAGUUAUAGAGGUUGGGAAGUCCAAUAUCAUCCCAUGGCAAGAGAGAAGAAGCCCUAGCUCAUCCUUUUAUCAGGAACCCACUCCCAUGAUAACUAACUCACCUCCAUGAUAACGGCAUCAGUCUAUUCAUGAGGGCAGAGCCCUCAUCACCUAAUCACCUCUGAAAGGUCACACCUCUCAAUAAUGUUGCAUUGAGGAUUAAUUUUCAACACAUGAACUUGGGGGAACACAUUCAAACCAUAGCAUCACACCAUGAUUAGGUUCAAAGAGCCCCUUGCCAGAAAGUCUCCAUUCAUUCUAGAAUCUUACUUACUAGAAAUUGAAUAAUAUUACCUCUUAUAAAUAGUGAUUGGCAAAAUACAAUCAAAAAAUUAGAAGCUAAACUCCUUUGAGUAACACGUUAUUCAUUCACUGUCAUCUUGCCGAAAGUUGUCUGUUAAUAAUCUAACAAGUUUGGCAGAGACUCCUAGGACCCUAUUUCAUUGUAUGUCCUUUAAAUGAGGUUAGUAGUAUUCAUAUCAGAGUUAUCUCCAGACCUAUCAGGAAGGGUUGAGUCUCCACCCCUCCUCAAAAAUUUUCAAGGACCUACCCUCUUCUCUCUGAUCCAACUCCAGCUGGCUGCCCUACCCCUGCAGGCCUGGGCCCAGUAGGAAUGGCUAUUUUACAAGUAAUGUUUCUUUCUUUUUUCUAUUUCAUUUUAACACACACUUCCUUGGGUAAGAAACCAUGUUCUUCCUCAGGCCUCAAGAAACCAGGGCUCAUGGUUCAACUCAUGCCAUAACUACUUAAUUAAGAAAGUUCCUCUGUGAAAUCCACAUGCUUGAGCCACAUUGUAUACUUCAUACUUUGAUAAUAUUAAUUCGUAGUAUUAAUUUUUCACAUCUGCCCAAUAGAACCUUACCUUCUAUGUCAGGGAAUGGUCAAGGAUUCUCAUUUUAAGCAUUUCAUAUGUUAGUUUAUCAGGUCAGUUAAAAUACUUGCACAUUUUUGCCCUCAGUCAAGAGGCAAAAACUUGUGAGCUGGUUUAAUCAGACGAUUCUCUUAAUCCUCUAGGGGAGAUUAACUGAAUGGACUGUAUUUUGAGAAAUGAGCAGAGGAAGAGCUAGAGUUAAAGCUUUGGACACAUACUUAGUCAAGGAAGAGAAGAUGCUUAAAGUAAAAGGCCUACUGGAAAAGGGACAGGAAACCACAAAGGCCAUUUUAGAACAACUCACAAUGUUAGCUUCAAUUAGGCAAAAAAUAAAAUGAAAUGAAACUUCCUAACACUGAAAGCUGCUAUGUAUUAUGAACCUUAUAGCCAUAUACUAUGUUUUCUCAGAAAGUAGUUCUCAAAAGUUUGUCACAGUCAGGUACAUACUUACUUGGAAAUAUUUGUGCAGUAUUGCAUCUUAAGGAUCCGAAGUUGUUUGCAGCCUAUCUGAAGGUCCUCAAGGAUUUGGUCAGUAAGCAAGACACAACCAGAGAUAUCCAAAAUGUGCAGGUAAUGGCAUUUUGCCGAUAACGUCUCCAUCGCUGAGUCAGUAAUCUGAACACAGAGCCAAAGUAAGUACUGGUUAUUCGAACACUACCUCAGGGAAGAACAGCGUCUUAGUCACUUUGGGCAACUAUAAUAAACUACCACAGACUGUGGCUUAAACAUCAAACAUUUAUUUCUCACAGUUCUAGAGGCUGGGAAGUCCAAGAUCGAGACAAAGAUAGAGGUACCUGCAACUGGUGUCUUGGGAAGUCCCUCCUUAUUUGCAGAUGCCUCCAUUCUUGCUAUCUUCUCACAAGGCAGAGAGAGAGAGCUCUAGUCUUUCUCUUCUUAUAUGGUCAUAAUCCCAUCAUGGGAGCUCUACCCUUAUGAUCUCUUCUAAAUCUGUUUACUCCCAAAGGCCCCCCUUUCUAUUACUGUCACAGUGGAGUUAGGGUUUCAACAUAAUAAUUUUUGGAGGACAAACAUUCAAUUCCUAACAAAUAGAGUAACAAAAUCAGACAUUUGCAUAUUCUCUUUCACCCAGCCUGUCACAUAAUGGGCCUACAAUUCAAGUGAGUUGUUUAACUGUUUCCAAAUAAGGUCAGAACAGUAAAAUAUCUGCCUCAAGUAGCACCAAUAGAAAUUAUGAUCUUAGCAGGGCACGGUGGCUCAUGCCUAUAAUCCCAGCACUUUGGUAGGCUGAGGCAGGCAGAUCGCUUGGACCCAGUUUGAGACCAGCCUGGGCCACAUGGUGAAACUCCCAAAAAUACAAAAAUUAGCUGGGAAUGGUGGCACGUGCCUAUAGUCCCAGCUACUUGGAAGGCUCUGGUGGGAGGAUUGCUUGAGCCUGGGAGGUCAGUGCUGCAGUGAGCCGAGAUCAUGCCACUGCACUGGGUGACAUAGCCUCAGUGACAGAGCGAGACCCUGUGCCCUGCCCCCUCACACACAAAAAAAGUUGGGAUUUUGCUGUUAUUUUCAUUUAGGAGUCCUCUGGUUUGGAUGGAAAACUUCAUCAAAAUUUUUUAGUAAUACCUGUCACACCAAUAUGAGCAACUUAUGAAAUGCUAUAGAGAUGGGAUUUGGCUUUAAAUUUAAAAUCCUCUCUAAGGCAUCAUCAAUUUAAAAACAUAUGUUUAAUAACAUUACAUGCUACAAAA